CUUCUCAGUGUCGGAUCUAGGGGGUUAUAUGGAUUUCUAUAACCGAAACAGGCAAAACGUUCCAAUGGUGCUUGACUGGGCUAUAGAAAACUAUACGUGUGAAAAUGUUUCAAGAAGCGAUCCAUCUUAUGCUUGCCGCAGCAACAGCCAAUGCUUUAACUCUCCCAACGGUCGUGGAUAUCUCUGCAAUUGUUCUCUGGGUUAUGAAGGUAAUCCUUACCUCGAUGACGGAUGCCAAGAUGUAGAUGAAUGCGCUGAUCCAGCUACAAAUGACUGCAGCAAGCUUCCUAUAGCGAUUUGCAAUAAUACCCCUGGAAAUUACAGGUGCUCCUGCCCACCUGGUAUGGUGGGAGACGGAAGAGAAAGUGGAAGCGGUUGCACCGCCCGCCAAAAGAGGCAAUUUGUGGUGCUGAUACAAGUCACCUUAGGUGUUGGCUUAGGCAUCUUGUUUCUAGUCGUUGUAAGCUUAUGGCUACAUUUGGUAUUCCAAAAGAGAAAGAUAAAAAAACUAAAAGAGAAAUUUUUUCAACAAAAUGGAGGUUUCUUGUUGAAGCAAAAGCUCUCUUCAUGUGAUAAAACUGUAGAAGCUGCAAAAAUAUUUACAACAGAAGAGCUCAAAGAGGCAACCAACAACUAUGAUGAGACACGAAUCCUUGGACGUGGUGGCUCUGGUAUAGUAUAUAAAGGAAUUUUAGCUAACAAUAAAGUAGUUGCCAUUAAGAAGUCCAAAAUUGCUGAUGGAGGCCAAGUUGAGCAAUUCAUUAAUGAGGUAGUUAUUCUCUCUCAAAUUAACCACAAAAAUGUGGUGAAGCUCUUGGGUUGUUGCUUAGAGACUGAAGUUCCUUUGUUGGUCUAUGAAUUCGUCACUAAUGGAACCUUAUUCCAUCAUAUACAUGAUGAAGGAUUUAAAUCUUCAAUUUCAUGGGAGGAUAGAUUAAGGAUAGCUACAGAUACCGCUCUAGCACUUGCCUAUUUGCACUCUGCAGCCUCUCCUCCAAUCAUUCACAGAGAUAUUAAAUCUGCAAAUAUACUGCUGGAUGAUUAUUAUACACCAAAAGUGUCGGAUUUUGGAGGUUCAAGGUUGGUUCCACUAGAUCAAAAUCAAUUGACCACAUUAGUGCAAGGAACCUUGGGGUACUUGGAUCCAGAAUAUUUUUUCACAAGUCACUUAACAGAGAAGAGUGAUGUUUAUAGCUUUGGUAUAGUUCUUGUGGAACUAUUAACCGGAAGAAAUGCAAUUGAAUUUGAUAGACCCGAAAAAGAGAGAAACUUGGCACUUCAUUUUGUUAGUUCAAUGAAAGAUGGCACUGUUUUGGAUAUUUUGGAGGAUAGAGUGCGGCAUGAGAUUAACGGGGAUCAACUCCAAGAAGUGGUUAAGCUUGCGAAAAGCUGCCUAAGUGUGAAAGGGGAGGAAAGACCGACAAUGAGAGAAGUGGCAAUAGAACUAGAGGGGUUAAGGAGGUCUGACAAGCAUCCAUGGGUGGAACGCGACCAUGAAGAAGUAGAGUAUUUGCUGAAUGCGCCUUUAAAUUCUUAUACUUGCAAUUACAGCACAGACUAUCAUAGUCUGGGAGUUAUAUCACCCUUGGACAGUGGACGAGUCUAUCAAGCCUGCUCUAUUAAUGAGAUACCCAUAUCGACCAGACGUUCUAAGACACCAAACCAACGCUAUCAUCACUCAUCAGGAACGAUGAUGGCUUUGGUUAUGCUGAUGAUUCAACUCAUUUUGUUGCGGCCAGCAAUGGCGUCAGUGGCAAAGCCUGGAUGCCAAGAGAAAUGCGGAAACAUCACCGUUCCCUACCCCUUCGGCUUGGACUACCCAGACUGUUACAGAGAAGGAUACGACCUAACCUGCAAUCAUACUUUCAACCCUCCCAAGCUAUUCAUAUCAACUAGUAACCUGGAAAUUUUAGAAAUCUCGCCAUCACUUACCCAAUUGCGAAUCUAUGGCUUCAUGGGACACGAUUGCUACAAUCGUUCAGGAAGUAAAACUGAGUCAUGGUACUACUGGGUAAAUAUUGAUAAUUUGCCCUAUACGUUCUCUGACACUCACAAUAGAUUCACUACAAUUGGGUGCGACACUUGGUCCCAAAUAACAGGCUCUGAAGGCCGGAAUUUCACGAGCGGGUGUUACAUGGCUUGCAGCGACAAAGAAAGUGUGAUCAAUGGGUCUUGCACAGGUAUCGGUUGUUGUCAGACCUCCAUACCAAAGGGGUUCAAGAAAUUCAAUGUGAAUGUUUGGAGCUAUGAGAACCACACCAGUGUCUGGAAUUUCAAUCCCUGCAGCUAUGCUUUCUUGGUGGACUAUGACUGGUACAGAUUCUCAGUAGAUGAUCUCUCGCAUUUCUACGAAAGAUAUGGAGAUAGACUCCCACUCGUCCUGGACUGGGCAAUAGAGAACGAGACCUGCGAAACUGUUUCAAGAAUAUACCCUUCUUAUGCUUGCGGCAAGAACAGCGAUUGCUAUAAUUCUCCCAACGGUCUCGGAUAUCUUUGCAACUGCUCUCAAGGUUACCAGGGCAACCCUUAUCUCGAGGAUGGAUGCCAAGACAUAAACGAAUGCGAAGAUCAAAAUAAAAAUGACUGCCAGGGGAUUUGCCAUAACACGCCUGGGGGUUACUAUUGUUCCUGCCCUCCUGGUACCGAACGCGAUGGAACAAAGAACGGAUCUCUUUGCAUUGCUUCACCAACAAAAUUUCCGGUGAUACAAACCGCCGUAGGUWUUGGCUUGGGCAUCCUGUUUCUACUUAUUGGUGUCUCUUGGAUAUAUUGGGGRUUCCAAAAAAGAAGRCUUCUUAAACUUCGAGAAAAAUUUUUUCGACAGAAUGGAGGUCUUUUAUUAAAGCAACAACUCUCUUCGCGUGAUGCUUCAAUGGAAACUGCUAAUGUCUUUACUGCAGAAGAACUUGAAAAGGCAACUAACAACUAUGAUACAAUCCGUAUUCUCGGUCGUGGAGGAUAUGGUACAGUAUAUAAAGGAAUUCUACCRGAUAAUAGAUUAGUUGCCAUUAAGAAAUCCAAAAUUGUGGAUGAAACUCAAAUCGAGCAGUUUAUCAAUGAGGUCRUUAUACUCUCCCAAAUUAACCAUAGAAAUGUGGUAAAGCUCUUGGGUUGUUGCCUAGAGACUGAAGUUCCAUUGUUGGUGUACGARUUUGUUACAAAUGGAACUCUGUUCCAUCACAUCCAUGAGGAGGGGARUAAAUCAUCACUUUCAUGGGAAAAGCGUUUAACUAUAGCUGCACAAACUGCAUCAGCGCUUGCCUACUUGCACUCUGCUGCCUCUCCACCAAUUAUUCAUAGAGAUAUUAARUCUACUAAUAUACUCUUGGAUGAUAAUUACAUGGCGAAAGUYUCAGACUUUGGAGCUUCAAGGUUGGUUCCUUUAAACCAAACUCAAUUUACAACAUUAGUACAAGGGACUAUGGGAUACUUAGACCCAGAAUAUUUUCAUACAAGCCAAUUGACAGAGAAGAGUGAURUUUAUAGCUUUGGUGUAGUUCUUGUGGAGCUAUUAACCGGAAGGCAGGCACUAUCNAAUUUGGCUAUCCAUUUUGUUACUCUAAUGAAAGAGGACAAAGUUGAUGAGAUUUUGGAGGAUAGAGUGGUGAAUGAAUGCAGUAGAGAUCAACUUAGGGAAGUAACCAUGCUUGCCAAAAGAUGUUUAAAACUGAACGGGGAGGAAAGACCUACAAUGAAGGAAGUGGCGAUAGAGUUAGAGGGUUUGAGGAGGUCUGAUAAGCAUCCAUGGGUAGAACAUAAUUCUGAAGAGGUAGAGAAUUUGCUUGGUGGAACUUCAGAUUUUCAUAGCUCUAACGCCAUUGGGUUUGACAGCUUAAAGGAUAAUGUCGUAAUACCACUGGAUGGUGGGCGUUGAUUGUUUGGUAUUUCUACAAGGCCCAUCUUCCUUCUUCAAUAUCUCUAAAAAAUUCAUGCUCUUGUUUACGUGUGAUUUUUAUGUAGUUAAAGUAUGUUUCUACUUCCAAUAAAAUGAAGAAUAGUAAAACCUAA